GAUGUAUUGAAGAACAUUGCGUUACACUAGUAACGCGUUACCAUGGAAACCGUGUAAUCUACACUCUAGUGUGGACUGCAACAAUUUAGUGAAAUGGCGAGGAGCAGCAAUAUAGAUAUUGAAAGUGUUUUUGAUGAAUACCUGCGAAAAGAACAGCAAUUUGAACAAGAAAUAGAAGAACGCAAUAAAUUACGUCGCAACAGGAAUAUUUUCAAAGUUUCUAACUCAUCGCCAACAAAUCUACCUUUAAAUUUGGAAAAAUCUCGUAUUCGUAAUCAGGCUCUUUUAAAGGAUUUGGAGAUAUCUAGAGCACGUCUGAGAACUUACGCUUCUUACACGCCUACGGAUGCAGAAUUACGGCAGAUUUUGUUGGCCUAUCGAAGUCAUCUUUGCAAAAAUAUCCAAGACACGGAAUCAUGACAAACUUAUUUCCGCAUAAUCAAUUACUUGUCAGUGAUCAUUUCAACCUGAUAACUCGAGCCGAACGAACAAACUUUGAAAUGAAAAGUUUGUUGAUCGUUGGGAUCGAUGGAUCGGGUUGAUUACUGCGUGGUCUAUUUUAUGACGUGGCUAACUCUUCGUGUGUCGAGCGUCGUGAGAACUAAUCCAUAAAAUAUGUGAAUAUUUUUUUGCGCACUUUUCUAGUAGUUCUGCCACAAUCGGGUUCAAGUUAUUAUUGCGACAAUAGCUACUAUUUGUGUAAAGUAAAAUAAAGCAGAUUAUUUA